AUGAUGGUCUCAAGUAGAUAUUUUAUGUUAUUGGUAGCUCUAGUCAGCUGUCCUUACGGUCGCCUCUCUGAGUCUCCCCAACCGAAUUUCCUCGAGUCGAAAGUGUCGGGCGAAUCUAUACAGACAUGUGGAAUUAACUUCUACGAAGAAGCACCUGGUUCUAGUUACAAGCUGUGCACCAAUUCUGGCUUUGUCAACUACAGAUGUCCCGGUAAUCGCUGUUAUGGAGGAAAUCGAACUGACCGGAAGCCACCUGCCUUGUCUGCCUUUUUUUUCACCGGUUGUACCCGGGAGGAAAGACUUGGUGUACCCGGCGCAACAGGACGUACGGUUAACCCAAUUCAAUUUUCAGCUAACAAUGCCGAGAAAAUGCUGAGGGUCAUCGGUAAGGAACUCAAUGGCAUUUCUGGACCACACUCCUACUUAUGUUAUUGGCACCAAAACUCCGACAACAACCACAAGAGGCCUUGGUGUGCAGGUUGUACCUAUUAUUCGGGUCCAUAA